CCAACGAUAGCAGUGGACCACUCGCUGUCGCUCACAUAGAUCCGCGGCGACCAGCUCUUUCAGUGUGUCUCGAUUCGUUGCCGUGUUUGGAUCGCUAACUCGGCCCAUGAGCGAAAGGAAUACUACUCGCUGCCUUGUGGGGGAGAUCAGCGUCAGAUUCACGGAGAAGAAAAGUCACAACACAAACAACGCAGCAUCCCGGUUCGACUGUCUUGUGCUAUCUCGCUCGUGUACACACAUUACGGUGCAGAAUUGUGUGUGCGGCUGAUUUCAUGAGUGCAGUUCCGCGUUCAUGCGUUUAUCGCUCCCUUCUUGGCAGACCAAAAAUAACCAGUUCGCCGCCGCCGACGACGACGACAACGACGCUGUUCUUGGAUCAGCUGCUUGCUGUUUGCAAAUAACAGAAACGGUGAAACGUGUUUGAGCGUGUAAAGUGUUCCCGGCAAUGUGUGUUCGUUGAUGUGUAUGUGGCUUUCGCAGCGCGUGCCUCCGGAGGUGUUGUGAAUGCGAUAGCUUUCGCCGACCGAUAGCAGCUUUGACCGGGAUAACAUCUUAGAAAGUGCAGCAGAACAAAACAAAUUUGAUAGGAGGAUAUUGGAGAAGAAAUUUCGCGGAGGCACUCAUAGGAAAGUAAAGAAAGUUUUGAGUUCCCGUGAGCGUAAGAAGAAAAAUGUGUUGCCGCAGUCUACGUAAAUAGAGAUUGUGUCAAAACUUGGUAUGAUUGGGUUCAACAGUUACAAGUCCAUCGUGUAUUGAGGUUAGUGGAACCCAUCCAUUGUCCAUUUGUCAAAAUACAUAGUGAAUAAAAUACCAGUGCCCCUCAUUGCUCCUUUCAUUCGUGACAUAAUUCAGUCGAUCAACGUGAAUGUUGUGCCAGCAACAACAAUUUGUUGACGGUUUUAUUAUCGUAGUUAUCGGUAUUGUUGGCGACGUCGUCGUCGUCUCGUCAUCAUUGUUCUCCUGUCAUAAUCCAUCCUUUGGUGGCGGUGUUUUGAAUACACUGCAUGCAGUUCACGGUUCGCGUUGAGGCACGAUAAGGGGACCUGUGAGCUCUAGUGAAUGGUGGCUUGUUAAAAGCAGCAGCGAUACCCGCUGUCAACAUGAGCGCACUUCCGUUUCCGUGAACACGCCAAGCUGCCAGCGAAAGCGCCACAGUCCACACGAAAUAAGACCGAAUGAGAAAAAAACAGAAAAUAAACAAGCAAAACUUUAUAGUCCACCAAAAUACGGGAAGAAAAGUUGAUUUGUACUUUUGUUUCUCACCCACCUUCAUCAAGAUCCGCCACUGCUCACCGGAAACUGACUGACAAAGUGGAGAGUUAAAAAAGCAACUAAGCUGGUUAUAUUGGAAUAAUGAGAGAGACAGAAAAAAAAAGUUUCAACUGUAACAAAGUUUUCCUCGACUGUCGUAUGCAUGACAACUGAUUCCGAGUCUGUUGGAAUUUAAAGGCUCUGAUGGACCAACAAAAGUUGCGUCCGAGCAACGUGGAGCAACAAAUCCAGUUGUGCUAUUGAUUGCCUUCGCUCCGAGGGAACGGACCCCAUCAAACUCCUGAGCACGGGUAAUCACUCGAUGAACUUAUUAUCUCGCGUCCAAUCAGCGACGAGGCACAAAUUUAUAUGUGUGUUUAAACGGACGUAGCAACGUAGAAAAACGUCAACCGGAUCCGAUUCCGAGUGCGAAAAGGACAAGACAUAAUCGAUGAGAAACCAAUAAACACUUCCCGUGAACCACAGGAAAAGUCUCGAAAUCCAAUCGGCAGAUGAUUUUCGCUGACAUAUUCGCAGAGCCACAAGAAGCAGUCUACCGGCGGAGCAUCGAUAAAAAUAGACGGAAAAAAUUCGGGCGUCGGAAAAAGAUAAACGAAUUUGUUUAGGUGGAUGCUAUCAGCAUCAAUUUAUUUACGAAACGCUCCAAUAGACAGCCACCCAUUUAUUUUCGGAAAGCCUGGACCAAUCCGACGUGCGUAAGAUUAGUUAAGCUCGUGCCGAAGAAAAAAGUAGAGGUCAUCAAUCCAUCCAUCCAUCUCUAUCGUAGGAGGCAUCAGCAGCAGGGGGUGAGAAGAAAAUGUCCUCCCGGUCGAAGGAUAAGGUGACGGCCGCCAUAAGGAAGUUUUUCAAGAGUCCGGACAAAAAAGAGAAAACCCAAAAGGAUCGGGAUCAGCAACAUGGGGCCAGCGGAGGGACAGAUCAUCAGGUCGGGCCGGCCGCCGAGGGACACCCGAUGCUUCAUCCCACGCAUCCGGCGACGCUGGCAGUGGCCGCAGCAAUUGUCCCCAGCGGAAGCAGCAGUAGCAGUAACAAUAGCAGUAGCACCAGCAAAGCAAACACCGACAGUCCCAUGCGGAGGUUGCGAUGUGUUGUGGCACCCACCAGCAAUAGUGUGGUGAGCGUCCCUACACCCAAACCACUGGAUACCACAAUCCGAUCCAGACGACUGAUGAAAGAACUUAAGGAGAUUCAACGGAUACAACAUUCGCGUCCCGAACCAUACUUCACGGUGGAACUUUUAAACGACAACCUGUACGAGUGGCACGCUCGGCUGUACCGAGUGGAUCCGGAUUCACCACUGGCGGAAGACUUAGCCGAACUGAACAUUCCCUACAUCCUGCUGCAUUUGGUGUUUCCGGACAAUUUCCCCUUUGCGCCCCCAUUUAUGCGUGUGGUCGAGCCUCGCAUCGAGAAAGGCUUCGUGAUGGAGGGUGGCGCUAUUUGUAUGGAGCUGCUAACGCCACGGGGGUGGGCCAGUGCCUACACCGUGGAAGCCGUGCUGAUGCAGUUCGCCGCCAGUCUCGUCAAAGGCCAGGGUAGAGUUUCGAGAAAGCCAAAAUCCUCCAAAGAAUUCAGCAGGUUGGAGAACGGCUGAGGAAGCCUUCCGGUCACUAGUCAAAACGCACGAAAAAUAUGGCUGGGUAACGCCCGCCAUGAAUGAUGGUUAAUCUGAUGUGCUCAAUUUACGACGUGAUUAGCUCAAUCGAAUCAAUAAUAACAGGAAGAAUAGAAUAGAACAAAGAGCUCAAAAUACAAACCGGAAAACAGAUCUAUAAAUUAGGAGAAUAUUACACCAUAGUGAUAUAAGUACUCAAAACUCGCCAUUCUUAUUUGACGAUUGUUAGCAAAAUAUUUGAAGGGUUUUGUUCGAAGCUUCGACUUGGUGGAUUUAGAAAAGCUCACACCAGAAGCAAUGAAAACAAUGAUCUCGCUGUAACGUAUCGACCAUAAACGAAACCCAACUCAAAACAGUUCAAAAUUCCACGUCGUCAAUAAGUCUAAAGCAGAAGACGAGAAUCGUGCAAAGAUUUAGAAUUUUUUGUGAUGUUUAGAACUAUGCGAAACCUAACAAGUUAGCACUAAGGAAGUUUGAUACUUUAAUCUUUAAUAUUCGUAUAUGUUUCAUCGGUUGUCGCACACAGAUGCAUACAUUUUCUUCUUCGUGGUUAUUAGCUAGUUACAUGGUUGACUCUAGUGUAAUCUUCAACGCGUCGUCAACCACGAACUACGGAAAAGUAAUCUCACUGAUCGUUGCAUUAUCGAAUAGAAUAUAUGCUUCUCAUUUUAUCGUUCAUCAUUAUUGAAAAAGCUACGUUUUUGAAAUAUAUAUAUGAAUCACGAUGUAAAAAAAUUACAACAAAAUCUAUACAAACAAACAAGAAUGUAAUUCAAUGUUGGUACUGGCCGUUGUUGCCAAGGAAAAAUGUCCAAAUGCUUGUUGAUCCUGUCAGACGGGAGUAAACGGAGGAAACUUAUAUGUGCUAAGAGGUGGAAUAGAGUAAAAAAAAAAUAUCCGAAACAUGAAA